AGCAAGAUGUCCAAAGGAAAGAAGGCCAAGGGAAAGAAGGUGGCCCCGGCCCAUGCUCUGGUCAAGAAACAGGAGGCCAAAAAGGUGGUCAAUCCUUUGUUUGAGAAAAGGCCUAAGAACUUCGGCAUUGGGCAGGACAUCCAGCCCAAAAGAGAUCUCACAUGCUUCGUCGAAUGGUCCUGCUACAUCAGGCUGCAGUGGCAAAGAGUCAUCCUCUAUAAGCAGCUCAAGGUACCUCCUGCCAUCAACCAGUUCACCCAGGCCCUGGAUAGGCAAACAGUGACUCAGCUGCUUAAGCUUGCCCACAAGUACAGGCCAGAGACAAAGCAGGAGAAGAAGCAAAGGCUGCUGGCCCGCGCUGAGAAGAAAGCUGCUGACAAAGGGGACAUCCCAACUAAGAGACCACCUGUCCUCCGAGCAGGGGUCAAUACAGUCUCCACCUUGGUGGAGAACAAGAAGGCUCGGCUGGUGGUGAUUGCCCAUGAUGUAGACCCCAUUGAGCUGGUGGUUUUCCUGCCUGCCCUUUGUUCAAGGGAAAGGCCCUGCACCACUGUUGCUUUCACACAGGUUAACUUGGAAGACAAGUGUGCUCUGGCUAAGCUGGUGGAAACUAUUAGGACCAAUUAUAAUGACCGAUAUGACGAGAUCCGCUGCCACUGGGGAGGCAAUGUCCUGGGUCCUAAGUCUGUGGCUCGCACUGCCAAACUGGAAAAGGCAAAGGCUAAAGAACUCGCCACUAAACUGGGUUAA